CCAUUUGUCAGCUUUCGUUUCCAUCUGAUCUCCUUCCAUAUCAUGCCAGUAUGUGUGGUGAAAAGUAAGCAAUACACACAUGGUUAUACUAUAUGUAUAAACUCUUUUUAAAUUUUAAAUGGUUUCAUAUUAAAGAUAUCUGUGAAGUCAUCAGUGUAAGACUAAUGCAAUUUAUUGCAUUUUUAGAGAGGCUACAUUUGAUGACACUUCCACAACAGAGGAGCAGCCAGGAUCCUCACGGACACAAUUAGCAUCAGAACCUAAAACAGGUAUUAUGCUCUUGAAGUACUCAAAACAAUUUGAAAUAUGGAAAUAGUUUUUCCACUGUCACUAUUUUAAACUUUUUGAAACAAUUACAUUGUAAGCAUUUUUAUUAGACUCUUACUUGCCUCUUAUCAAUAAAAUAUUACUUGGUUACACACUAACAGGAGAUGCAGAUAGCUAAGAAGGCAGCAGGGACUUCCAAGUAAAAUGUUCAAUUAACUGGAAAUAGUUCUGCGUAAAAACUUGUUCCCUCUCUCUUUUAAUUUAUUAAAGAUGUGAGAGUAAAAUAUUUUAUACAACCAAUUGUUUGUUUUAAAUUUUUAAGGAUGGGAAAAUGAAAUGGAUCCCCAGAAGGCAUGCAGUUUGUUCCGAGAGGAAUUACUUAAUUUGAACAGUGAACAGCCAAGUCUGACACUUCUCAUUAAUCAGUUUGAUUCUGUGGAUGAGCAGGAUAGCACCCUUAUUUCAUUUUACAAAAAGAACAAUGUUUCCUGGGCAGCUCCACUGAAGUGCAGACUAAGAGGGGAUGCAGCUGUGGGUACCGGGGUGAACCGCCAUGUUUUAUCUAUGGUUAUGGAGAAAUUGAAGACUGGGUUCAUGUUAAAUUUAGGUUUGUGAGGUUUUGUUAAACUGUAUAUUUAAAAAAAAAUACUGCAAUUAAUAAUUAAGGUUAAUUAUUAUCGUUUCAAAGGCUCAUCUGCUGCAACACUUUUUGAAUUGGAGAAAGACCAUCGUGUCCCCACAGCUUCUGCUGUAGUCCGUGACAGCAAUCUUUUCCAGAUGGCAGGUCGAAUGAUCGGGCAUUCUUUUAUUCAUGGUGGGCCUUGUCUUUCUGGAUUAAGUGUGCCUGUUGUUAUCCUUUUAACUGGUGGAACUAUCGACAGCGCUGCAUCAGCUUUAACUCUGCAGGACUGUCCUGAUUUGGAUCACAGAGAAACUAUUAGUUUGCUCAAUAAAGCAAAACUUGAUGAAGCAGAACACACACGACUAACUGAUUUGUGUUUGUUCUGGGACCUUCCGAUCCCAUCUUCUACAAACAAGGAGUGGCUGUUCCAGCAACUGCUGACACAUGCUGUCCUUGGGCGUGUAAAGAAGCAAAUCAAAGAUCUACGCAAAGGGAUAAUGGACACGGGAAUCUGGCCACUUGUUUCCAAAAGACAAGAUGUCCACAGGUUUCUUUUUCCAAGGGAAUCAUCAGUAGUUCUUGAUUCACAGACUCUCCUCCAGAAAAUUACGUGGCCAAAACUAAAGGAGGAUGACGACGAUGAAGACGACGACGACAUAACUGUGGAGAAGCUGACCCUUAUUUCUGGCUACAUGCGCACUUUUAUUGAGGAAGCAUCACCAUCUCUACUGAGUGACCUGACAAGGUUCUGGGUGGGAUAUACCAGAAGAAUACCUUGUCCUAGAAAUUGUGACUGGUCAAUACCCAGUGGCACACACGUGUUUCAACACACUCCGCCUCCCGUGCCAUUACCAUAACUAUGCUACUUUUAAAAAGGAAAUGCUAAUGUGCCUCAAAUCUGUUAGCAGUGGAUUUGGCCUUGUGUAGUCCUAUUCCAAAUUCCCGUUUCGUUGCAGUAGUCUGCAAGCAUUUGUUCUUAUUUAAUUCAGGAUUGUCAGACAAGGUUGAAUUGUUAUACAUUCAUGUUGUACAUGUUUCUCUCUUACAAGGUUGUAUAACUACGAAAGCUGUGUUGAUUUAAGUCUGCAAAAGUUAGACAAGGUUGAAUUGUUAUACAUUCAUGUUGUACAUGUUUCUCCCUUACAAGGUUGUAUAACUACGAAAGCUGUGUUGAUUUAAGUCUGCAAAAGUUAAAGUAAAAUACUAUGUUAUUUAAGCUUGUACAAAUGGCAGGUGUUUUUAUAAGAUGUUCUUAGAAAGUUCAGUAUAUUUCAGGAUUGCAAGAAAACAUUUAAAUUAAAUGUUACACUACACAAUUAUAGUUUACAUCAGUGGUCACCAAUCCUGGUCCUGGAGGUCCGGUGUCUCUGCAGAGUUUA